AUUUAACAUAAGACAAAUAUCAGUGGAAGGAUGAGAGCAUAGUAAAUCUCCCAUAGAGUAAAGUGUAUAUAAGACGAUGUGAGAUGAUAAAGCCUACCAGUUUUUAAUGGGUGUUACAGAAAGCAGUGUUGUUUUCAAUUAACUUGCUUCUGCAUCGUACAGAAACAAAGAUGGGUUUACGAGAGCCUGAUUCUGGGACACCUAUGCUAAUGCGGAUGCCCUCUAGGUCCACACAGCAAAUGCAUCAGUAUUUGGCUGCAACUUCAGUGUCAAUGGGAGCUUUUUGUGCCGGAACUGUACUCUCAUGGACCUCACCUGCACUACCUCACAUUCUGUCAACGGUCAUCAACACCACCAACUUGAGCACGGAAGCAGAUCUGGAACAUCCACAUGGAAAACCUGGGUUUACUAUCACACCUAGUCAAGGAGCUCUAGUAGGUUCCAUGCUUACUAUUGGAGCUUUGAUUUGUGCGGUGCCCAUUGGAUACUUAGCUGACAAGAUUGGGAGAAAGGCGACCAUAUUGGGACUGGCAACGUCCUUCUUGAUUAACUGGGUGUUGAUAUGUCUAGCUACUGAUUUUAAGAUGCUACUGGCUGCCAGGUUUUUUGCAGGGGUUGGACUAGGAGGUAUAUGCGUCGUAGCUCCAAUGUACAUAGGAGAAAUAUCCGAAAGUAGCAACAGAGGAAAGUUUGGGUCAUUCUUUCAAUUGUUUCUCUCUUGUGGAAUUCUAUUUACAUGCAUAGUAGGUUACGUCACAGACUGGUUUGGUCUGACAUUUGUCCUUGGCACAACACCUAUAGUAUUCCUAGCAACAUUUUUUUUCAUGCCAGAGACACCAACAUUCUUGGUGAGAAGAAACAGGAUGAUGAGAGCAGAAGCAAACCUACGUAGAUUAAGAGGCAAGGACUGUGACGUUUCUAUUGAGCUAAAAAUGAUAGAGGAAGAAAUUUUCGAGUCCAACAACUCAUCUGUCGGCAUCAAAGACAUACUUUCUAACAGGUCCAACAUUAAAGCUUUGAUAGCAGUAGUUGGAGUACUAGCUUUUCAACAACUAUGUGGCAUAAACGCAAUGGUGUUUUAUACUGUAAACAUAUUCAAAGCAGCUGGUACAAGUACAUCACCAUUUCUGCUUGCUAUAGUGAUAACAUUAGUACAAGUGAUUGUCUCGUACAUAUCGAUUUUUGUCAUAGAAAAAGCAAACAGAAAGUUCUAUCUCAUGAGUUCGUCGUCAGGAAUGUUGGUAUGCCUAGCAUCCCUUGGGAUGUUCUUCCACUUGAAAUAUCUAAACAUCAACACCUCACAUCUUGCAUUCAUACCUGUAGGAAGCACCAUCCUGUACAUGGUAGCGUUUUCUUUUGGUUAUGGACCAGUUCCUUGGAUGUUGCUAGGAGAGAUGUUUUCUGCUGAAAUCAAAGGCUUAGCUAGUGGCAUAUCUAUAUUAACGAACUGGAUUUUUGCUUUCGUGGUAACGUUCUCUUUUCCAAUAAUGACAGAAAAUCUUGGUAGCCAUGUAACGUUCUAUAUUAUAGCAGGAAUAAUGGGAGUGGCAACAAUUUUUGUACAUUAUUUGGUACCAGAGACGAGAGGAAAAACUUUACAAGAAAUUCAAGAAGUAUUAAGGAAUUGAUUCUAUUGAAUAGCUUCUAAAUGACAAUCUAGAAUCAUGCCUUAGAGCCUAACAGAUACGUCAUAACUUUCUGAGAUAUAAUAUUAUCAUGUACUUGGAUAUAACUACUAUUAUUCAUUUUACUAGUUUAGAUUUUCCUGAGACCGCAGACUGUUUUUAUCAUUCUAUUUUUAAAAAUCCUCUCUACUUUUUUUUGAACAGGUCAAAUCAGUGAGCUGAAAUUUGCAAUUAUAGAAUUGAUGCAUGUGUACGUACUAUGUUUUGUAUUACAAAUGGCAGAUGAACCAUGUCAAGGUGGAACGCCGAGGGGUCGAAGGAACACCUUUUUGAAGCUCCUUGGCAGUACUGGCAAUAGUAGAAUAUUAGGAAUGCUGGGUUAUAUUUGUUCUUAUAUUUUGGUACUGUUGGUUCACCGAAUCAAUAUCUUGAACAGUGGGCAGGUGUACUUAUUUUAUUUUUGGUCAGCCAUAAGGCUCGUAGUAUACAGAGUAUCUGCGAAAGGUUGGGAAAUCUUGAAACUGGAGAUGCUAGAGACCAAAAUAUGUGACUUGACCUAAACAUACCUUGGUUUAGGUCAACUCACAUAUUUUGGUCUGUAGUAUCUCCAGUUUUGAGAUUUCCCAACCUUUCGCAGACACUCUGUAUAUUCCCCUAGCAAGAAUUAAUUCAUUGAUAUGAGCUAAAACACUGUGUUAAGAUUAUUUCUAGCUGUGAUAAGUUCAUAACUUAUUAAAAGUUCCUAUUUAUUUAUGUUGCAUAUUGUAUAUGCAUAUUGUACAUCUAUUGCUUGUUUUUAAUAAAAAAUAAGUUCUGUUGUCUGUGUUUAUUUAAUGAAAUGGACAAGGCAUUAAUCUUUCACAGGUUAUUACAAAUAUAGCUUUUUCAUGUUGAAAAUUAUUGAUGCUUAAAUUCCAAACAAUGGCAAGACGCCGUAAAAAUGGAAACAACAAUCAAAACUCAUAUCCGUGUUUGUACGAACUUCUUGGCUAUGGCUGAAUGAUAUUUAUGCCGAGUAAGCCAAACGACUAAGCUGUAGCAUAUUAAAUUCAAACAACAAGGAUUAGGUCAGUAACACCUCCACUCUAAUCAGUUGCAUGCUUGGUUGCAUAUUUCUAGAAAGUCUGAUCGCCAGUCAGCUAAAGGUGCCGUAUUGAAUAGACUGGUAAACGGAGGGUGUCGUGAUUCAGUUAUCGAAACUAGAAAUGUUUGUAACUUUAUUUCCAAUACAAACAAAUCACAGCUAUUUUUACUCGUAAUGGGAUAACCAAUCUUCAUAAUACACACGUUUGGUCCUUUGAGAAUCCUCACGCAGUGGUCUAGACACACUUCCAACAUCGUUUUUCUUUAAACG